GCGGAGGGGGCGCUCUCGGGCCGGGCGCCGGGCCCGCCUUGUCCGGCCCGGCCCCGCCCCCCCGCAGGCCCGCCGCUCGCGGCCCGUCGGCCGAGCGGGGGCCGCCAGCCGUCUGACCCCACACCGGCGGCCCCAGAGCGCAGGCAGCCCCGCGGGGCAGGAGGCAGGCCCCUGGGGCGGCUCUGGGGUCGGCGGCGCGGGCCCGGGGACGGGGACAGGGGCACCGCCGGGCGCUGAGUGUGCGUGUUGGCGUCUCCCCGCCGCCGCAGGGUCCGACGGCACAGGGCUUGCGCUGAAGCUCCGCGAGGCUAGAGGCCAGUCCCCAGGUCUCCAGGCGUCCGGGCUUCAGCCCGCCAGGCUUUAGGCGGGCGGGGGGCGACCCAACAGCUAGACAGGUGGGCUCUUGCGGGGCUCGGCUUCUCUCUGUUGCCACGCCAGAGGGGUUUUGCUUGUUUUUGAGUGUGUGUAUGGGCUGGUGGGCUGGUAAAUGAUCCUGCCUCUCUGCCUCGGAGCUUAGAAGCAGCAGAGGAAAGAGCAGAGGGGCCCGACAGCUCCUGGGGGGGCCCAGGAGAGCUGGGGCCCUGGCAAGCCUGGUCGUUCCUGGCAGGUCCCCUCCUCUCCCCUUCUCACUCUGGCUGUUGCUGCAGGUGCAGCGAGUACCUGAAUGUGAUGCCCCAGACUGGCUCCAGGCUGGCCGUGUGCAGUGGCUGGGCCGCGACACCCAGUCUGCGGGGUGCCUGAGGGCUUCCAUCCGGGUGGCUAGGAUUGGGGUGAUGACUUCCCUCUGCUUUCUUCGGGCCUCCCCCCAGAGGUGUGUUCGUACCGGGCCGAGUCAGGUCUCAGGGUGUCACCCGGUCUCUGAUGGGCCCCACUCCCUAGGCACCCAGGAUGUCCGCCUCUGCCUUAGCCAGAGCUGCCCUGGACCUGAGCCUGUGAUUCACCACGUCUUGCCGGUUAACUGCGCCGCACGCGGUGUGGACCGAAGCAGCGCAGCCAGGGGAGGCGUGGCAGCCUCUGCUCCCAGGCGGCCAGCACGCAGCUUUGUUCUUCUCAAGAAAGGCAGUUUGCCCACUUUCUAGCUAAAUGAGAUUUAAUCUUUGCAGCUUUUUAAAGUUUUUCCGAUGAAAUAGUCAAAGUAGGGCAAACGCGUUAUUUCUACACUGCCCCAUCGUGUGCUUUAGAAAUAGUUGUGCCUUCCAAGAGCUGGACGUUUCUUGUGAAAAGAGAAACUGGUAAACCAGCAGAGCAGAUUAGGUGUCCACCUGUUUGGUUGAGGUGGUAAAUGCUACGUGUGUAAAACUGCCUUUGAAAAACCGUGUUUCCGCAGACGUGCUGGCUGCCUACCUGUCUGGUUUGCUGUGUUCUGCGUGGGCAAUGGCUUCUCGUUUCCAGCAGGAAAUGUUGGUGGCUGAGCAAACCUGCGAGCUGGGGAACAGCCCCUGAGCGUCCGGGAUGCUGAUGAGCGGCUGGUGCGCGCUCUGAGGUCUCCCACCAUGGACCCGGACCCCCAGGCGGGCGUGCAGGUGGGCAUGCGCGUGGUGCGCGGCGUGGACUGGAAGUGGGGCCACCAGGACGGCGGCGAGGGCGGCGUGGGCACGGUGGUGGAGCUCGGCCGCCACGGCAGCCCUUCGACCCCCGACCGCACGGUGGUCGUGCAGUGGGACCACGGCACCCGCACCAACUACCGCGCGGGCUACCAGGGCGCGCACGACCUGCUGCUCUACGACAACGCCCAGAUCGGCGUGCGUCACCCCAACAUCAUCUGCGACUGCUGCAAGAAGCACGGGCUGCGGGGCAUGCGCUGGAAGUGUCGCGUCUGCUUCGACUACGACCUGUGCACGCAGUGCUACAUGCACAGCAAGCACGACCUGGCCCACGCCUUCGAGCGCUACGAGACGGCCCACUCGCGCCCGGUCACGCUGAGUCCCCGCCAGGGCCUCCCAAGGAUCCCGUUAAGGGGCAUCUUCCAGGGGGCAAAGGUGGUUCGGGGCCCCGACUGGGAGUGGGGUUCGCAGGAUGGAGGGGAAGGGAAGCCAGGCCGAGUGGUGGACAUUCGUGGCUGGGAUGUGGAGACGGGCCGGAGCGUGGCCAGCGUGACGUGGGCCGAUGGCACCACCAACGUGUACCGCGUGGGCCACAAGGGCAAGGUGGACCUCAAGUGUGUGGGCGAAGCAGCCGGAGGCUUCUACUACAGGGAGCACCUCCCGAGGCUCGGCAAGCCCGCAGAGCUGCAGCGCAGGGUGAGUGCGGAUGGCCAGCCCCUCCAGCACGGGGACAAGGUCAAGUGUCUGCUGGACGUGGACGUCCUCAGGGGGGUGCAGGAAGGCCACGGUGGCUGGAACCCCCGGCUGCCGCCGCGUGUCGGACAGAUGGGCACUGUGCACCGCGUCACGGACCGUGGGGACGUGCGCGUGCCGUUCAGCCACAAGACCCGCUGGACCUUCCACCCUGGGGCUCUCACCAAGCACGACUCCUGCUCGGUGGGCGAGGUCGUGCGGGUCAUUGACGACCUCGACACGGUGAAGCGGCUGCAGGCCGGGCACGGCGAGUGGACAGAUGACAUGGCCCCCGCUCUGGGCCGCGUGGGGAGAGUGCUGAAGGUGUUCGGAGAUGGGAGCCUGGGCGUGCUGGUCGGUGGGAAGCUGUGGACCUUCAGCCCCUCCUGCCUGGUGGCCUACCGGCCGGAGGAGAACACCAACCUGGAUGUGGCCGAGCGCGCGCGGGAGAACAAAAGCUCCUUGAGUGUCGUCCUGGACACGCUUCGGGCCCAGAAGAGCGACCUGGAGCACCCGGGCCGGCUGGUGGUGGAGGUGGCCCUGGGCAACGUGGCCCGGGCUCUGGACCUGCUGCGGCAGCACCCGGAGCACGUGGACACCAAGAACCAGGGCAGGACCGCCCUGCAGGUGGCUGCCUACCUGGGCCAGGUGGAGCUGCUGCGGCUGCUGCUGCAGGCUCGGGCCGGCGCCGACCUGCCGGAUGACGAGGGCAACACGGCGCUGCACUACGCGGCCCUGGGGAACCAGCCAGAGGCCGCUCGGGUGCUGCUGAGUGCGGGUUGUGGGGCCAAUGCUCUUAACGGCACCCGGAGCUCAGCGCUGCACGUGGCCGUGCAGAGGGGCUUCCUGGAGGUGGUGAGGGUCCUCUGUGAGCGCGGCUGUGAUGUCAACCUGCCCGAUGCCCACGCUGACACGCCCCUGCACUGCGCCAUCUCGGCGGGCACUGGCACCAGUGGCAUCGUGGAGGUCCUCACCGAGGUGCCGGGCGUGGAUGUCACUGCCACCAACAGCCAAGGCUUCACGCUGCUGCACCACGCAUCCCUCAAAGGCCACACGCUAGCCGUCAGGAGGAUUCUGGCGCGGGCGCGGCAGCUGGUGGACGUCAAGAAGGAGGAUGGGUUCACGGCGCUGCACCUGGCCGCCCUCAACAACCACGGGGAGGUGGCGCAGGUUCUCAUCCGAGAGGGCCGCUGCGACGUGAACGCUCGGAACCGUCAGCUGCAGUCCCCGCUGCACCUGGCCGUGCGACAGGCCCACGUGGGGCUGGUGCUGCUGCUGGUGGACGCCGGCUGCAGCGUCAAUGCGGAGGACGAGGAGGGCGACACGGCCCUGCACGCGGCCCUGCAGCGCCACGCGCUGCUGCCCCUGGCGGCCGAAGGGGCCGGGGGGGACCCGGGGGCCUUGCAGCUGCUGUCCAGGCUACAGGCCUCGGGCCUUCCAGGCAGCGCGGAGCUGACGGCGGGCGCAGCGGUCGCCUGCUUCCUGGCGCUGGAGGGCGCCGACCUGAACUACGCCAACCACCGCGGCCGGAGCCCGCUGGACCUGGCCGCCGAGGGCCGCCUGCUCAAAGCUCUGCAGGGCUGUGCCCAGCGCUUCCGGGAGCGGCAGGCUGGGGGCGGCGGGGGCGCGGCCCAGGGCCCGAGGCUGGUGCUCAGUGCCCCGAACACCGUGACCAACCUGCACGUCGCCGCGCCGUCGGGGCCCGAGGCCGCCGAGUGCCUGGUGUGCUCGGAGCUGGCGCUGCUGGUGCUGUUCUCCCCGUGCCAGCACCGCACGGUGUGCGAGGAGUGCGCGCGCAGGAUGAAGAAGUGCAUCAGGUGCCAGGCGGUCAUCGGCAAGAAGCUGCGCCCAGACGGCACGGAGGUGGUCAGCGCGGCCCCCGCAGCCGGCCCGCCGCGGCAGCUGGUGGAGGAGCUGCAGAGCCGGUACCGGCAGAUGGAGGAGCGCAUCACCUGCCCCAUCUGCAUCGACAGCCACAUCCGCCUCGUGUUCCAGUGCGGCCACGGCGCGUGCGCGCCCUGCGGCGCUGCGCUCAGCGCCUGCCCCAUCUGCCGCCAGCCCAUCCGCGACCGCAUCCAAAUCUUUGUGUAGCCCGCGCCCCCCGCCUCGUUCCGGGGCCACGCCUUGCGGCCGCCGUCGCAAGCCCCUACUCUGUGUUUUAUAAAAAGAUGA